AUGCAGGAAUCCGCCGCCGCCACAGCUGUUGCGAGCGACGACCCCGCAGUUCCGCGGAAGCAUAUUGUGGAGAAGCCGCAGUUGGUAGAGCCGUUCCGCAACUCUCCGGCCUUCGCGAAGAUCAUCGCGUACGUACAGGCCUGCGCGGAGGCUGUCGAGGGGACGCCGCAUAGCGCGCGACUGUCGAAGAGGCCGGAGGAGUUCCACCCAACCGUGCGUUUCUUCCUUGACAGCUUCUUCCCGCACCUUCACAAGAUCAUCGACGAGGUGCCGCUAGAGGACAUGAAGAAGCAGCGGUUCGGCAACAAGGCGUUCCGCGUCUUUCACCAGCGCCUGGUGGAGGACGCUGUCGGGCUGAUGCAACAGCUGGUGUCGACGUUGCCGGCUGGGCACGGCGAGAGGAGUGUGGAGCUGCAGCACGGGCUCGCAGUGGAGCUGGCGGAGUACCUCAAGGACUCCUUCGGCAACAGCACCCGCAUCGACUACGGCACGGGGCACGAGCUGCAUUUCUUCCUGGUGUUGAUGAUCUGCCUGGAGGAGUGUGGCGAUGCCGGUGGCACACUGCACGCGGAGCCAACGGUGAUUGUACCGCUGCCGGUGGCGCCACCGCCGCCGGUGACGGCUGCCGACAGGGUCUCUAUCCGUUGCCUGCGGCAGGAAGUGGUGUUCAACGUGUUCGGUGCCUACAUGGCGCUGAUGCGGCGGCUGCAAAAGCACUACCAUCUCGAGCCUGCCGGCUCGCACGGGGUGUGGGGGCUCGACGACUACCAUCACCUGCCGUUCAUCUUCGGUGCCUCACAGCUCAUCGACAAGGAGGUGCCACUCAAAACGGGCGGUGCCGGCGAAGGGGUUGGGUACGGCGCAAUUCUGCCAAAGCACGUCUGCGAGGCGAAGGAGGUGCAGCGGCACGCCGAUGACUACCUCUACUUUGCACAGAUUGCGUGGGUCCGUGAGAACAAGAAGGGUCCCUUCUUUGAGCACAGCAGCAUGCUGUACAAUAUCAGUGGGGUGGAAAGCUGGCGGAAGAUUUACACUGGUAUGGUAAAGAUGUACGCUGCGGAGGUCCUGGCAAAGUUUAACGUUGUGCAGCACCUGCUGUUUGGCAAUCACCUGCCGUGGUCAGAGUCAGCGACUGUUUGA